AUGAUUCAAUUGUUGGCUUUGUUGGCUCGUAUCAUUACCCCAGCCUGCCCAGUUUACGCACCAUUCUUUGGUGCUAUGGGUGUUACUGCUGCCCUCGUCUUUACUGUCAUGGGAGCUGCUUACGGAACUGCCAAGUCAGCCGUCGGUAUCUCUAACAUGGGUGUCAUGAAGCCAGAUCUCGUUAUUAGAGCUUUCAUUCCAGUCAUUUUCGCUGGUGUCAUUGCUAUCUAUGGUCUGAUUAUCUGUGUCAUUAUCGUCGGAGGUCUCAAGCCAGACAAGAACUACACCCUCUUCAAGUCCUUCACUGAUCUCGGUGCUGGUCUCACUGUCGGUCUCUGUGGUCUCGCCGCCGGUAUGGCUAUUGGCAUUGUUGGUGACUCUGGAGUCAGGGCCUUCGGUCAGCAGGUCAAGUUGUACGUUAUUAUGAUGCUUAUUCUCAUUUUCUCUGAGGCCUUGGGUCUCUACGGUCUGAUCGUCGGUAUUCUCCUCACUGGUGUCUCUGAUUCCAACUGUCCAGGUACCCCAUUGACCCCACAAAACAACUAA